UACAUCUAUUAGUAUUAUACUUCUCAAAAGAAAAAGAAAGCCAGAAUUUUCUUUCUAAAAAGAAAUAAAGUGCAUUAAAAGGCCGGCCAAUCUUUGCAAUCAAACGGGUCAGCAUCAUGAUUCAUGGGACCCGACCCAUCUUGUUGAUAUUCGGAUCCUCCUCACAGACAUAGUCUUUCUGAGAAAAGGGAGAAGAAAUGAAUGUGAUCCACAGAGGUAUUCGAAGCAUACAAACUACAGUUGACUGUCCACGCCUCACCAGAUUUGCUCUUCAACCUCCUAAAUUUGUGGAGGUGGAGUUUGAAAACGGUAGUCUGUAUAAGUUGUCAGCUGAAUAUUUGAGAAUAUAUAGCCCCGCUGUUGAUAGUAAGAUCAGAUCGAUUUGCGGUGAGAAGGUAAUAUCUGGUAGGCGUCAUGUCGGAAUUAUGUCUGCAGAACCUAUUGGAAAUUAUGGAGUGAGGUUAUUAUUUGAUGACUUGCAUAAGACUGGCAUCUUUACAUGGGACUACUUUUACCAUCUUGGAAGUAACAAAUUCACCCUCAUGAGGAACUACAUCAGAACUCUGAAGAAACAUGGACUAAGCCGGGAUCCACCUAGACGAAGAUGAUCAAUAGACGUGGCCAUGAAAUGGUUGACCCACACUAUUUUUAAGUAGGAAAACAUUCUUCCGACAUGGUCAGAGUGAAAUGGUGACAUAAAAAUGGACUGUUGUAGAUAUUUCAAUGACUAGCUCUUCAUAUGCAAUCAUAUGUGCAAUGGAAUUUGUGACGCGCUAUACUCAUGAUCUAGAGAUUGAACUAGCAAUUCAAAAGAGGUCAUUAGUUUCUAAGGAACAUAAAGGAGGCUCUUUGUUUGUAAUUUUGAUUUGAGAAGCAUGUUGGUGUUGCAGAACAUGCUUUGAUGAGAUGAAAGGAACACUAAACGUGGCAAAUCUGUCUUCUCUUUUCUUUUACUUUUGUCAUCUGACAGUGUCUUCUUUAAUCUCAGAAAAAAAGGAAUUGUGAUAAAGAUUGAACUGUUUUUUUUUUGUUGGGUACUUGUUCCUUCUGUUCGGGUGUAAAAUUUCCACAAGAAUUACCCAUAUUCAGUGAAAUUACUAAAAAAUCUUUCUUGGUUGA